AUGUCUUCUUCGUUUAGCACGCCCGAAGUAUCGGCAUCCCGCCAGCAACCGAUUCGGAAUUUUCGCUGCACGGAACCCGGCUGCGGCGCUAGCUACUUUUUUGCGAGCAUUGUGGCCAUUCUUUCUCCAGGAGUGAUAUUCUUCGUCGGCAUCAAAAGCUGUACCAUGAUGAUGUCACCGUUGGCCGUUCCAGAGCUGUCCAGGCCUGCGACUACUUGCACAUUCAACCGAAAGGAUGGAGCGAGAUACCAAGCCGAUGUGGAAACGGACAGCAGUGACACCGUCCAAGUUCCGAAUCAGCACACAUCUGCAGCUUCGACCAUCGAUUCCCUGCAUCCGCUACAAGUAGAGGUAUCGCUUGAGGGAAAUGUCCAUCUGUGGAACAUUUUGCAGCAGUAUGAGCGGGAUUAUGGCCGUUUACAGACCACGCCGAUCCAGGGGGAGGUGGAAAUGACAGAUGCAUCGGAAAAGAGGACUGCACGUCGGCAGCCUCCGGGCUUUGACGGCCCAGUGAGUGAACUGGAUGUCCAACGGCAUGUCGACGUCUACUUUGCGAAGUUCCAUGGCCAGUGGCCGCUGCUCCAUCGACCGUCGUUUCGUCCCGAAACCGAGCCCCAGUUUCUCGUACUCUCAAUGGUCAUGAUCAGCCUGUGGAUGAGCGGUGAUAGUACAGCUCAAAACGCUGCAGUGAGAAUCCACGAGCGCUUUGUGGUGUUACUGCAAGAACAGAGGGACAAAUGGGACACGACACAAGCCACAUUAAAAAACGGAAAUGCCACGUGGCCGAUGGGCAUCUAUCAAAGCAUCCUCUUGCAUGUUAUCUUCGCGACAAUGCGCAGUAAUGCCGAAGGAAAGUCGGGCAGCUCGAGCCUACGCCUUCCCCUGGCCAUCCACGAGCUUUUGGAGUCCGUGCUGAGGAGCUGCCUGCGGCUGGGUGUCUUCCACUACCCCAAAAUGCUUGAACAGUACAACCACAUUGACUUUGCAUUUCUGACUUGGGUCCGUGUCGAGGAAGUUAAGCGAUUCGCUCUCCUCCUCUUUAGAGUUUGGAGGCUGUGCUAUGGUAUCCCUUUGAAGGGAGACCCAGGCGUAGAUUACUGCCCUCAUUUCACGCUAUCAGAUCUCCGCUUCCCUCUGCCGGAAAGCAAAUACCUCUGGGAAGCCGAGGCCAUAAGAGAGCUAGUCUCUCGGCGGGACAAGGAGCUAAGGGAAAGGAGUGACGUGAGGGAAGAAGAGCAGUUCUGGAUCUCCAACUUAGGGAUUGAUGACCUUCAGUCAUCCAAGAACUGGCAGGAUCUGCUCAUGGAGUAG